GCCGAAGCCGUUGCUGGUCCGAGCCGAGCCGAGCCGAGCCGAGCGAGGCGUGGGGGGUGGUUGGUGUUGGUGGUGACGCCCGGGUAGUAUAAGUGAAGGCCCCCUCAGUUGCAUGGAAGGCGACCGCUUGCGCUAAGGCCAAAGUUUCCGGGGGUUGUGCACUACUGCAGUGUUACAUUGUUCGGCAGUUCGUUUUUGCGAAGCAGACUCCGCUAUGGCUCAACCUCAACGUCCCCUCCAAGUUCCUGACAUAACAAAGUCUACUCAUUCUGGAGGGAACACUGUACUUGCUUAUGCUUCAUCAGCUAUGCAAGGAUACCGUAGCACCAUGGAAGAUGCCCAUGCGACUAUUGAAAAUCUUGAUGCUCUCACUAACACGUCAUUCUUUGGUGUUUAUGAUGGCCAUGGAGGUUCUGCUGUAGCAAGGUAUUGCGCAAAUCACUUGCACAAUAAGGUUUUGGAGCAAGAAGAUUUUAGCAGUAACCUUGCUAAUGCAUUGAGGCAAUCCUUUUUCAGAAUGGAUGAGAUGUUGAGAAAUCAGGCGGCAAGCAAGGAAUUAACUGAGUAUGGUAGUGGCAACGAGUAUUGGAGAACAGCUGGGCGGUCUUGGCUCAGAUGUGCUCCUUGUGUGCUGGGACCUGUCUAUUGUGGACCAUUAGCAGAAGGAUGUACAGCAUGUGUGGUUCUCAUUAGAAAUACGCAGAUCGUUGUUGGAAAUGCUGGUGAUGCUCGUUGUGUAAUCUCAAGGAAUGGUCAGGCAAUCGCUUUAUCCAAUGAUCACAAACCAAAUUUUCCGGAGGAAACUCAGAGAAUAGUAGCUGCAGGAGGUUCCGUAUCUUUUUCUAGGGGUUCCCACCGUGUUAAUAAUGGAAUUGCAGUAUCAAGAGCAAUCGGGGAUUUAUCUUACAAGAACAACAAAAAGUUGCGUCCUGAACAACAAUUGCUGACUUGUUCUCCUGAAAUUCGAGCUGACCAAUUAACUGAUGAUACCGAGUUUCUUGUUAUAGCAUGUGAUGGAGUCUGGGAUGUCUUGGCAAACCAGGCUGUGGUUGAUUUUGUACGCCUUCACUUAAACAAUGGGGUGGAGCUGUCGGUAAUCUGCGAGAGCCUUCUUCAGGAGGCCAUUACACGAGACCCACCAUCGACGGACAACAUGAGCGUCAUACUGGUUCGGUUCCUGCACCCAGAGGGCAACAGGGGGGCGAGGGCGGCUACUUCCAGCACCAGUACCGGCACCGUCCCCAGCCGCCACAGCAAAAGCAUAUCGCUUUGAUCUCGAUCCUUCUCAUGCGGAGAUGGGGGUGAACCUUGGAUUUACUCCUUCGUAGGAUUGCUUUCCAUUGAUGACUAGUCUUGUCGUACUUGGUGCAUUGACGACGGAGAUUUGGCCUGGAGGAGGGGUCGCUUGAAUUCGUUGCACAUUCCUUUCUGAUCCUGUUUAGUCUCGUGGAAGAAAAUGCUUUAAUUGACUAGUGGUACUCUUUUGGUAAAAUGCCAAGCUGCCUUUACAGACUAGUAGUUCAUUCUGCCUUUUAUGAUCUCUUCUGCUUUUUA